GAGAAAGCGGCAGAGGGAGCAGCGAGCGGAGAGCUGUAGGAGAGUGAGGAGGAGCAGGAGGGCGCUCGGUGGGGGAGUGCGGGCUGGUCCCCCCCCAGGAGGGGGCCGCAUUGAGGCCGGCGGCACAGAAAGGCGGGUUCCUAACUGGGAUCCUCAGUGACGCAUGUCUGUUCCCUGGCAGCUGCCUUUAUGGACCAGUAGGCAGAGGGAGACUGACGGAGGAGCCUUCGCAUCUUGGAAAGGACUGUAAUCUACUGUAGCGAAGAACAGAGCCUCUCAAUCACAGGGGUGUAAAUAAGAGCCGAGGGGAGCCUGAAAGAAAAGGAAGAGGAGGGGGGAAAGUGUGUGCUGGGGGGAGCGGGGCGCAUUUUUGGUGGAUGGUAUGAAGCCAGCCAUGGAGACUGCAGCCGAGGAAAAUACUGAACAAAGCCAAGAGAGAAAAGCGAACAGCAGAGCUGAAAUGGAAAUUGGCAGGUACCACUGGAUGUACCCAGGCUCAAAGAACCACCAGUACCAUCCCGUGCCAACACUGGGGGACAGGGCUAGCCCCUUGAGCAGUCCAGGCUGCUUCGAAUGCUGCAUCAAGUGUCUGGGCGGAGUCCCCUAUGCCUCACUCGUGGCCACCAUCCUCUGCUUCUCUGGGGUGGCCUUGUUCUGUGGCUGUGGGCAUGUGGCCCUGGCGGGUACCGUGGCAAUUCUGGAGCAGCACUUCUCCACCAACGCCAGUGACCACGCCCUGCUGAGCGAAGUGAUCCAGCUGAUGCAGUACGUCAUCUACGGCAUUGCCUCCUUCUUCUUCCUGUACGGGAUCAUUCUGCUGGCCGAAGGCUUCUACACCACCAGCGCGGUGAAGGAGCUGCACGGGGAGUUCAAGACCACUGCCUGCGGCCGGUGCAUCAGCGGGAUGUUCGUCUUCCUCACCUACGUGCUGGGAGUGGCCUGGCUGGGCGUGUUUGGUUUUUCUGCUGUGCCUGUGUUUAUGUUCCACAACAUAUGGGCCACUUGUGAGGUCAUCAAGUCGCCCCAGACCAACGGGACAGCCAGCGUGGAGCAGAUCUGCGUGGAUGUCCGGCAAUACGGCAUCAUUCCCUGGAACGCCUUCCCGGGAAGAAUAUGUGGCUCUGCUCUGGAGAACAUCUGCAACACCAACGAGUUCUACAUGUCCUACCACCUGUUCAUCGUGGCCUGUGCGGGAGCGGGCGCCACCGUCAUUGCCCUGAUCCACUUCCUCAUGAUACUGUCUUCUAACUGGGCUUACUUAAAGGAUGCAAGCAAAAUGCAGGCUUACCAGGAUAUCAAAGCAAAGGAAGAACAGGAACUGCAAGACAUCCAGUCUCGGUCCAAAGAACAGCUCAAUUCUUACACAUAAGUGGUUGCCAGAGCCUUUCAGCCGACGACUUUGCAGCUCUGACAACCCAUCAGGCAACUGCUCGGCAGUACAGGUGUGCACCCACCACACAAACGCACGUAGACGUACAAACACUUCCCUGUCUCAAGCUGCUGGGAUGUAUUUCUAGGAAAAUCUUCCAGUGGGUAAAUCUUUUCUCUUUAGAACAGCUAUCGGAGGUUUCCCGUCAGCCAUUUUAAAAGGCAACACUUUGAUCACUCACCUUCUCAGCCAGCCCCUUCACUGUAACGGCAGUCCUACUGCCGCCGACGGGGCAUCGGGGGCACGGGCCUAAGCGCCCCUACACCAAUGCAGGGAGUAAAGUGCAGUGACAUUUAUUCAAAUGUGAUUCUUACAAUUGACUUUAAUUAGCUGACUCUCCCCCGUUAAGUCCAGGACACAUUAGCUUCCUGACCUAACAGAAGUCCCCACUCAUGCUAACACGAGCUACUCUAACUCUGCCAUGACGACGCCAGGAGCUGGGUUCUAACUCACCGGCAAGCUCUCCUGAAUCAAUUUUGUAAUAGAUUUCAUUUUUAAAAGUCAUUCUUGAGGGGGGGAAGUGUCAGCUCUGCCUUAAUGGAUACUUGCUUUAAAUUUCUAACAAAUUAUACAACAUGGGAAACCCCACUUCCUUCAUAGAAUUUUAUUCCACAAACUUUUUCUUAAGAAGUGUUACCUUAUUAAAAUGAUCACCAUUCUAAACUAUUUCUACGUGGUCUGAAUAAGUGAGUUUACAGUUUCAUACCAACAAUCUAAAACCUAAUUGCAAACAGACCACAAACCUCCUACUUUUAUAGACUUGAAUACUUAGAGUUGGGUAUUUAUUUCACCUUUAUCUGAGUUUCCUUGGGAUAAUAAAGUUCAAUGUUCAGCAAAAAAAAACAAAAAAACAAAAAAAACCUGCUUGAGUUGAAGCCAUUUUUCAAAUGAAACUUGCCUUCUGAAUCAUUGUGUUUCACAGCAUUAAGUGACUAUAGGUAUUGGGUAUUAGUGAUGGUAAACUUUGUGUUCUUUAUGAAAUGAUACAUGUAACUGUUGGGUGCAUCAGUGCUUUCUAAAAGGGGCUGCAUAAUAUAGGGUUAACUAUGUAUAUUCAUGUUAAGAAUUAACUUGUGGUUUGGCUGUUUCCUGGAUUUUAAAACACAUACAUGUGCUGAAAUGUAUUAAAAUGAAAGGAAGCAUACCUUUAUCAAGAUGCUAUUAAAAUCAAACAUCAAGUAUAAUUCAUUUGGAUUCUGUUGUUAAUGCCUAAAAAUGACUUUUAUUUUUAAUUGGGAAAAGCUCUUCUAUGUAGAACAGUUGUUCCAGAUUUAGCUUAGUGUUUUAUUUUCCUGUUGCAUGACUGACAACUUUUUUUUUCCAGCAGUGGAGGUGCUGUUAGAGUCCAGUGUUCUAGAAGACGCAGUGUCUUAAGCCUAAUUUUACUUUUCUAAUUCUGGUAGCAAUUACCAAGAAUUUCUGAGAGUUUUGUUUAAGUAGUCUAAUAUUUUUUAUGUAAAGAGCAUUAAAUUUUGCUAUGUAUAAAUUUUUGUAACCUAACAGUGAAUCAAUAUUUUCUAUCAGUGCCAAGGGCUUCCUGUAGUUCUAUUCAAGUGUUACAAUAAAUAUUUGUAGAUAAUAGUCAAUACUUGUGUAUGCUUAUUUUAAAGAUCUAUUUAGGUGGAAAUAGUUGUGGAUGUACUAAGAGUAAUGAAAUAAAAUUAUAGCUUCAUUCA